AUGGGAAAGUUGGUUUCCGAGACUGAGAUCAAGUCUGAUGGAGAUGUGUUCCAUGAGAUCUUUAGGUACAGACCACACCAUGUAUUUAAUAUGAGCCCUAUAGUUCAGGGUUGUGAUCUAAUUGAAGGUGAAUUUGGAACUGUGGGCUCUGUCAUCCGCUGGAGGUAUACUCAUGACGGGAAAAAGAAGGUUGCCAAACAGAUCAUCCAAGCCAUUGAUGAAGAAAAGAAGUCAGUGACAUUCAAAAUGAUUGAAGGAGAUCUCAUGAAACUGUACAACACCUUCAUUAUAACUGUUCAUGUUGAUACAAAGGGAGAAAGUAACUUGGUGACGUGGACUACCGAGUAUGAGAAGCUAAAUGAGAGUGUGGAAGACCCAAAUACUUUGAUGAACAUGUUUGUCAGUCUCACCAAAGAUAUUGAAGCUCACCAUCUCAAGUAA